AUGCUAUUCUCCAUCUUGAACCCUGUCAUCAACGGGCGCGGACCGGGAGAUCCAAUAUUAGAAUCCACCGAUGGAAAGGAGAAAUAUACCAUAAUACGGAGCAAAGGAGAAGAGAAGCUUCUACCAGGCAAGGUAAGAACGCUCGCUUAUGGCGACGUUAAUAUUGCUGGUUGUAGUGAGACGUCGUAA